AAUGUCUUUAGCCCAAGAAUUACUAGCCGAUUUAGAAGAAGAGGGAGAUGAUGAAUUAGAGGAACUUGGUCUUAAAAAAGAAGAGGAGGAUGAUUUUAUUGAUGAAAUUACUGAAGAAAAACCUUUAAUAGACACAACAAAAUAUGAGAGGGUUACGGAUGUUGCCAAAUUGACAAAUUCUGCAAAUUAUAUGGAAUUAAAAGCAGAGCUUAACAAAUAUGUAGAGAUGGAACAAGUACCAAAAAUUACCAUUCCAAUCGAAUCUGAUCCUCAAUAUAUUUUAGUUGUUCGAUUUUCUGAGUUAGCAACCGAAAUUGAUCAAGAAAUGAAUGUUAUACACAAAUUUGUGAGGGAUAAAUAUGAAAAACGCUUUCCGGAAUUAGAAUCGCUUGUUCAAAUGCCGUUGGAUUACAUCAAUACCGUUAAACUUUUGGGGAAUGAUAUUGACACAAAUAGCCGGAAGGAAGUGAUUCAUACUAUUUUGCCUGCUGCUACGUGUAUUGUCGUCAGUGUUACAGCUUCUACUUCUCAGGGAACACGACUUGAACAAAAUGAGUUAGAUAUAAUAAUGGAAGCCUGUUCAAUGGCAGAAGAACUUUAUGAUCAAAGAAUGAAAAUGCACAUGUUUGUAGAAUUGAGAAUGUCUUUAAUCGCUCCAAAUUUGUGUCGAAUUGUUGGAGCGGGGACGGCUGCGAUGAUUGUUUCACAGUGUGGAGGACUUACUCCUGUGGCUAAAAUGCCUGCUUGCAAUGUUUUGAUAUUAGGAAAACAAAAGAAGACACUUUCUGGCUUCAGUUCCUCAGCUAUCUUGCCCCAUACAGGAUUUAUCUAUCACCAUCCAAUUGUCCAAUCACUUCAACCUGAUUUAAGAAGAAAAGCUGCAAGAUUAAUAGCAGCUAAGUGUACAUUGGCAGCAAGAAUUGAUUCGAUUCAUUCUUCCAUGGAUGGAAGGAUUGGUGAACAAUUAAUGCAGGAAGUUAAAUUAAAGCUGGAAAAAAUGCAAGAGCCGCCUCCUGUUAAAAAUAGAAAGCCUUUACCAAAACCAUUAGACAAGGCUAGUAAGAAAAGAGGAGGCAAACGUGUAAGAAAGCAAAAAGAAUUAUUAAAAGCAACAGAACUUAGAAAGAAGGCAAAUCGAAUGAAUUUUGGUGAAUUACAAGAGGAUGUUAUGCAGGACCAUAUUGGCUUUACUAUGGGGCAAGCGAAGAGUUCAAGCUUACCAGUUGGAAGCAGAAUCCGUGCUGCUGUUGUUGAUAAUAAAACACGUGUAAAAAUGUCUCAAAAACUUCAAAAAACAAUUGAAAAGACUAGACAACAUGGAGGCGUUACUUCAAUCGCAGCUAAAGGGCAUGGAACAACACAAGGCUCAGUUGCUGGAACGGCCUCAGCAAUUUCUUUUACGCCUAUUCAUGGACUUGAAUUAGUUACACCUAUACAAAAAGAAGCUGGGAAAGCCUCAACAUAUUUUCAACCCUCAACCAACUUUAUUGCCCCAAAUGGGCCAGCAUUGAAGAAAAAAUAA